AGACGGACAGCCAAUCCCAGGCGACGAGCCAUGGUGGCAGGAUCCGCCGUCGUGCAGGCCAUCGGGGCUUGUGGCUCAUGGAAGGACGCUACACGCCUUCUGCAAGAGCUCGAAGACGCCUACACUCGGACAAGGUCGGCGGCAGAUGCGAGUCGCUGGGUCGAGGCGACAACCGAGGCCGUCCGCUGGGCGCUGGCGACCGCGGGCUUGCCGUCCCAGCAGGCCCAAGCCCAUCUCCACGCCUGCCUCGUCCUGCUCGCCAAGGGCAUAUUUGCAUCAAGGCUUUCCACUGAGGCCGCGCCGUUUGUCUAUGCCACUUUGCUCGUCCAGCUCCUGCCAACGUACCCUGUGCUGGAUGGCGCCGGCGUCGUUCUGGCGUUCUGUUAUCUCCAACAUGGCCAGUUCGACGAGGCCAAGGUCCUUUUGGACGGCCUUCAACACGCCUCGUCACACGCCUACGCAGACGAGACGUGCAUGCUGCACGCCGCGCUCGCUCUCCUGCGCGACGGCCACGACCCGCAGCCAGCGCUCGCCUCUCUCCUCACGCGCAUCGAGGCCGCCCCGACGCCGGCGCUCUCGUUCUGGUACGCGUUGCUGCAUGUCCAUGCCCGGACGCCGACGACAGCCCUGCGACAUUUGCUCCCGCACCUCGAAGCUGCGAUUGCAGGCGACUACCAACCUAUAGCGAGCUGCAACUUGUAUGCGUUCAUCUUGGCGCAAGGCGGUGGCACCUUCAAGGCCGGGGAUUACCGCGAAGCGGGCGAGCUCCUCGCGCGGGCCAUGCAGAUGGACUUUGACCAGCCAGAUGCAGCGUUCAACUACGCCUUGCUCUUGGGCAAAAUGAACAAGUGGCACGAGAUGCAGCACAUGCUGGAGUUCGUGCUCGAGGCACUGGUGCCGCCGCCGUUGACCGCACUCACCAUCACGCCUCGCUUGACCACGCCGACCCGCGUCCGGCGCCACUUGCUCGCAACGAGUCUGGAGAGCCACGAGUAUGAAACUGCAAAGCGGGUUAUUGAAGCCCUGACGCACGCCCGUGACCUGCUCGAGGUCGCCAGCCCGUUUCAGUUGUCCCAGCUCAUUCGCGACCGCAUCUUUGUACUCCUCGAGCUCGACUUGCACAAAGAGGCGCUGCAAAUCGCCGACGCCGCGCUUCAACGCCACUUUGUCGAGUCGGAUCCGGUGGUUGUGCUCUAUAAGGCCGACGCGCUGCUCUGCCUCGGCCGCCUCGACGAGUGCAAGUGGACCGUAGACCGCCUCGACGGCCUCGGCGUCGUCGAGAGCGCGCCAGCGCUGCACGCCCAAGUCCUCAACAACCAUGCACUCACAUUCGCCUGCCAAGACGAUGUCGAUACCGCGAUCGUAAAGCUCCGCGAAUGCCGACGCUUGUAUCCGACCUCUCGCCACGCUGCGUUCAACUUGACGCUUCUCUUGUGGCGCAAAGGAGACAAGGCCGCUGCGUGCGUCGUCUGGCUCGAGCACACGGCGUCCACCCAAGCAAGCACCCCCAAUGCGAGUGAGAAGAGCGUCGCGGCCAAGCCGACGAAUCACGUCAAGUCGCGUAGUCAGGGUCACGUCGAUGCCACCCAAGUGGCCGCGCUCGACCGCCUCAUUCGCUCGUUCUCAACAGCCGAGGCCAACGUGCGCGUCGUCCAGCGGGCGCUUGAGCUCGGCCGGCACUUUGCCGACGUGUUGGCCGCGCCCAAGCAGGGCCGCUGAGUGUCACGUAAGGCGUAAUCAAGCGUCCAUCGCGCGACUCGUCUGAGAGCGUUUAAGUUUGCGAGCCAAUUUGCUGGCGCAAAACGUUGAUACUCU